AUGGGAAAGUUAUUAUGUACAGAAGAUGGAGAUCACUUCAAUAAUAUUCAUCCUGGAUGCAUGUCUGGUGUAUUUCCUGUUCUUGACUACCAAAAUUGGCACUCUAAUGUCAAAAAGAUACUACCUCAUAGAAAGCAAGCUAAGCAACAAAAGACUAAUGGAGGAAUCUUGCAUUAUCAAGACUCUUUUGAAACAUCACAACUUUCAUCGGGAAAAAGAAGUCUCAUCCAGACAGAUCAAAGUAAUCGAAAACAUAACUCACACAGAAGGUCAAUUAAAGAUCGUUUAAAGUCAUUGGUUUCUGAAGACACUUUAAAGAAUGACCAUAAGAAACGAGGUCGAAUGUUGCAAAGAACGUAUUCAAUUCAUCAUUUAGAAACCGAUGAAUGGGUUCAUUAUGCCAAUAGUGAAGAGUUUAGUGAAAAAAACCCUGAUAAAAAGGAUACAAACAAGGAGAUUAAGGAUUAUGUGGAUAUAUCAGAAAAUUCAAGAAUCUUGCUAGAUGGUUUAAAAGUCUCUCUUACAAAAGCAAAAUUGACAAAAUCAGGUUCUUUUCCCUCCAUGUUAGGCAGUAGAAAUUUGAGGCCUACUAAGCUAAAGCACAAGCUUAAUGAGUUCUACUCGAUGCCCAAAAACAAAAAGGGUUCAGAUAAUUGGGCACGAAAAUUGGAUUUAUCAAAAUUGGAAUCUUUAAUGAUUGAAUUAGAUGAUGAACAAGAUGGAAAGAACAUGGAAGAUGAUCUCAAUAAUGGCAGUGUUAUGUCCAUCAAAAGGAUAUGUUCCCUCAAUGAUAGACAUGCCCAAUUGUUUGACAAUGGUGAUACUAAGGAAGCCAUUUUGUGCAGUUUUAGAAGCUUGAAGUUGACAAAUCAUAUUAGCAACUCAGACUUCCAGUUAACUGAUUUUUAUUCAUUAUCUAUUGAAGAAGAAAGUGGUCAGAAAACACAGGACAUCAAGUCAAACACAGGACACCAAUUAGAGUUUCAGAUAUCAAAAGGGUUGAAACCAUUAUGUGUUUCAGAAGAAGGUGUUAAGGACAAUAUCAAGAGUGUAAAUAGUAAUACACAUGAUCACAAUGAUGAAUACUUCAAUUAUGUAAGGGAGAUAUUGGAGCAAUCAGGUUUCAUCAAGAAUGGCUUUGAGCAAACAUGGUAUUCCUCAAACCAGCUACUAAAUCCUUCAAUGUUUCAGGGUAUAGAGUCUCAAUAUCAAUGUGAUCCAGAAUCCUUUGAAGAAGAAGUCAUUAAAUUAUCACAUGAUUUACAUCGGUUUGAAUUGGUUGAUGAGACUUUGCUUAAAUUGUAUGAAAGAUCAUUCUCGUACUAUCCAAAAGCUUUGUCCUAUUCUUGCCACCUUAGUCCUGCCCCUAGUGGUAAACUUGUUCUUGAGGAAGUGUGGAAGAGUGUAAGCAGAUUGCUGAAGUUAAAUCCCAAUAAGGAUCAAUCAUUGGAGUAUAUUGUGUCGUGGGAUUUAAAUGUGGGUGGUGAUUGGAUGAAUUUACAGAUGGAAUCCGAGUGCAUUGCACUUGAGUUGGAAGAUAUGAUUUUCAAUGAACUUUUAGGAGAUGUGUUUAGCUCUUAA